AUGGCGGAAGAGGAGAACAGGACACUCGUCGACAGUAUGGAAGUGACUUCCCCAGAGGCGGCUUCCCCAGAGGCACCUUCAAAUGAGACCGAGGAAGGUGCCGCCCUAGAAAUCGCAAGCAAGGCGCCCGUCGACAAAGCUCUAGCCAACAAGACCCCAUCGACCAAGGUCUCUGCUGCAUCCAGAACCAUAGUGCCAAAUCCGGCUGUUGCUCCCCCGAAGACAGACAAGCCUCGUCCUCAUGUGUGCUUGACUUGUAUGCGUUCCUUUGCUCGCCUAGAGCAUCUCAAAAGGCACGAGCGAUCUCACACCAAGGAAAAGCCAUUCGCGUGUCCGGAGUGUACUCGCUGCUUCGCCAGGCGUGACUUGUUACUCCGACACCAGCAGAAACUUCACUCUUCAACGACACCGUCAGCACGACCACGGUCUGGACGUAGGGAAAGUGUUGCGGGAGUCGCCAGUGGUCGUGUCCGCAAAAACUCUACCACGAGCGGCACGACAACAAUGAGACCGAGAGCAAACACGGUCAGCCAUGUGGAUUCUACCACUAGGAGGCUGAGCAUGUUAUCCGAUUCCGUCGCUCACCUUGGCCGUCAACCCUCAAUAAGUCAUAACCACCACAACAGCAUGUCGGCUCUGUCGGGUAUUCAUUCCUAUCAAUACCGCGGUGUAAAUGGAAACCAACAUGUCUUUUUGCCCAAGUUAGAGACCCUUGGACUGCCGUCGGAUACAUCAGGCGGCCUCCGCACGGCGCCUCCCUUUGGAGGGUUCGGUGCCGAAUUUGGAAAUGGGUUCGACUGCGACCAGGGAAAUACUAUUAACCCUCACGCACUACAUAUGACCAACUUACAAGGGCUGGGGAUUGACCCCUCGGUUUCACCAUUUCACCAAAUGUUCCCCGGCAUGACUGCCUCCCAGGCCAUGGCUGAGGAUGAUGCAAACUUCGACUGGAUGACACUGGGGUUCGAGAACCAAAUGUCCUUCGCUCAAGCCAAUGAGAACGCUAUCGAUGACUCCUCGCCCUCGGCCAUGAGUACCAACAGUCCAGCUCCUAUAAAUGAUAUGAACGGCGACCCCAAUAUUGCAGCCAUGCAGCAAGCUUCAGCCACUGCAAGCAAUAUGUGGUCUACUACUCUUGCGGCCCACGCCCCUUUGUUGAACAGUCCUAUAAGCAUUGAAAUGUUGUCCAACUUUAACGAUGUUGUCGGUGCUUCGAUGGGGACCGUGUCACCGAAAUCCUUGUUGGGUCAAGCAACCGCUAUGGAUAUUAGUCUUCCAACUCCGCCGGAUUUUGCCUCAAUGGAUGCUUCCGCUAUGCACUCGACACCCCAAUUUACCGGUUACCAGCUCCCCUUCGCUGGGGACGGACCUGCCUCUACUACAUCUACCACAUCGAUGGAUAGUAGUCUUCGUCAGAGCUCGGUUACAACAAUGUCCUCAGAUUUGGUCAAUGAUCAUAUUCGGAAUGUUUUGAUAGCCGGUCUUUCUCAAAAUGCAGGGUUCGGACAGCGCAAGUACUCCCAACCUGCAAUCAGUUCGCCGCUGUCUCCAAGCUCCAACAGCCGCACGAAAGGAUUCAACGCCAGCACCUUUCCAAGCACACAUGAGUUGCAGCGAUAUGUUUCUGCCUAUAUUAAAUACUUCCACCCACACCUUCCCUUCCUCCACAUCCCGACCCUCAAUUUUGAGUCACCGGACUAUACAACUCCAAUCAGGCUGGUUUCCGGUCAAUCUCAAUUUGGCCAGGCUACUGUAGCCGGAGGAGGCAGUUGCUUGAUCUUAGCAAUUGCUGCCAUCGGGGCUCUCUAUGAGCAUGAGGUGUCUCAGUCUAGAGAGCUCUUCGAAUGUGCCAAGCGUUUGAUUAGCAGCUACCUCGAAGAGAGGCGCAAGGCUAACUUGACAAAAACCCAAUUCGGCCCUCGACAUUCUGCUGAGCGGGAGGAUACGCCACUCUGGUUGGUCCAGGCUAUGCUGUUGAACGUGAUUUAUGGCCAUAACUGUGGCGAUAAAACAGCAGCUGAGCUUGCAAGUAACCAUUGUGCUGCCUUGGUAAGCCUUGCUCGCGGUGCCGAGCUAGCAAAGCCUUCUCAGGGCUACAGCGGAACAGGGGCCAACGAUACCAACGUCAACCUCCAGAUAGGGGGCAUGCCGAACAACGGCUGGAGCUCAAUGAUCAGCGAAAUCGACGACUCGGACUGGUUUGAGUGGAAGGUCAUGGAAGAACGUAAGCGAACUCUGUAUGCGGUCUUUAUCCUUUCGAGCAUGCUUGUGACGGCUUAUAACCAUCCACCGGCACUCACCAAUUCUGAGAUCCGACUGAAUCUGCCCUGUGCCGAAGAACUCUGGGCUGCCGAGUCUGUGCAGAUGUGGCGCCAUUUAGGAGGAGCAAGCGCGGAGACGGGCGCUCUCACCUUUGCCGCGUCAUUGACACACCUGCUCAUGUCCGCACACCGAAAGCGACGGCGGAACAGUAAUGUAAGCGCAGUCGCGCCGACAAGCGAGCUGGAGCUCACACCAAGUUCAUUCGGCUGCUUGAUUCUGAUCAAUGCGUUACAUAACUACAUCUGGGAAACGCGACAACGGCAUCUGGGACGGCAGUGGACCGCAAGCGAGACUGAACAGAUGCAUGCACACAUCGAACCGGCACUCACUGCUUGGCAAGCCGCAUGGGCGAGCAGUCCUAAGCAUAGUAUUGAGCGACCCAAUCCAUUUGGCGACGGGCCCCUAUCCGCGGACUGCGUCCCUUUGCUUGACCUCGCUUACAUCCGACUUUUUGUCAAUUUCGGCAGGUCGAAGGAGGCAUUCUGGCAACGGGACUACGAUGCCAUGGCGGAAGAAUUGGCCAAAGGCUCAGAGGCGGUCCCGGGUCAGGAAACGGGCAAAGCAGACCGCCACUGCAACUCUUCGUCUCAAAAUCCAGAUAGCAAGAAUCAAGAGCAAAUGCCGACUCCCGUGGAAGAGGGCAUGAAAGUGGAGCCAGGAGAACAGGAGCAGGAGCGGCUGCAAUCGCACUCGUCUCGGCGCGAACGACACCUUCGGAAGGCAGCCUUUUACGCCGCCGAUUCCCUGGCCAUGUCUGACAAACUCGGUCUGAGUUUCGCUGAACACACCUCUCGGGAGCUACCAACGCAAUCGGCGAUGUGUGCAUUUGACUGUGCGCAAGUCCUAGCAGAGUGGAUCGCGACCGUACAGGAGCGGGUUGGCAAAUACCUGGGUGUCAUUGGCCGCGACGUCAUGAACCUGGUAGAAGUACCGGGCAUCCUUCUCCUCGAGGAUGAAGAUCGGUCACUGAUUCACAAGAUCGACGAGAUUCUGACGAGCGCCGAACACAAAGUUGAAGCCCAGGGCGGAUUUGAUCUUUCGGCGGCACGAGAAGGCGGCCAUGGUAGCAGAAUCCUUGCACUGACGGCGUACAUACUAGGAAGGGACUCUGUGUGGCCUGUCUUCAAGCUCAUGGCGCGAUCCCUGGAGACUCAGGCAGGGCACAUCAAGGAGAGAGCAUUAGCUUCGGUUUCGAAGUCGUGA